CUUUUUUGUACCAUGUGACCUAAGUUAGCCAAUGAAAUUCGUGAGUUUCGAACUGGCUACAUCCUCCUCCAAGCUAGACGGGUAAAUGUAAUGCUCUUUGCUAAUGUGAAUGGUUUACCUGAAAAUCUGACGAAUGCUAUGGACCCAAAGAGCCAUCCGGCACUACCAGGGUACCAGCAAACCGUCCUAAGUGUUAAUCCAGGCUCUAACGACAACUCUAACAUGACUUCAGAACAAGGUUCAGUGGCUGCAAAUGCUGCAGAUAUUUAUGACUUUAACCAUGAAGAUGGUAACAGUGGUAAUGAACAGCCACCCCCACCCCCACCUAAGCCUAAAGGUAGGCGUGGUAGAAAUACUAACCAACUGCAGUUUAUGUUAAAAACUGUUGUCAAAGCUGUUUGGAAACAUCAGUUUGCCUGGCCUUUUCAUCAGCCGGUUGAUGCCGUUAAAAUGCAACUACAUGAUUAUCAUAAAAUCAUCAAAACUCCAAUGGAUCUUGGAACAAUUAAGAAGAGACUUGAAACAUAUUACUACAAUUCAGCAAAAGAAGCAAUGCAGGAUUUCAAUACCAUGUUCACAAACUGCUAUGUUUAUAAUAAACCUGGUGAUGACAUUACUUUAAUGGCACAGGAAUUGGAAAAAUUAUUUUUACAAAAAGUAGCUGAUAUGCCACCAGAGGAAAUUGAACUGCCUAUUGGUGGGAAAAAAGGUCGAGGAGCAAAAGCUGCUGCUGCUGCUGCUGCUAGAUCUGCUCUUAAAAACAUGAAUUCAUCUGACAAAGCCUCUAUACCACCUCCAGUGCCAAGAAGUACUCCGCCACGUUCUGCAACAGCUCCAGCAUACCAGUCACCUUCAAAGGCUGCACAAAUUGCUGCUGCUUCAAGUGUUCCUACAGUUUCCGCAAUGCAGGCUGCUUCUAAAUUGGCGAUGUCUACAACUGUGCCAUUAGAAGAUAUUCAACCAGCUUCUGCACAAGCCCUUCCAUCUGCUGUUUCAUUACCUUCUCAGCCUGUAAAGCCAAAGAAGAGCCUGAAAAGAAAAGCAGAUACAACUACCCCCGGAACUUACAUGGGCUCUACCAAUAUGCCACCAAUGCUAUAUGAUCCACCAUAUGAACCCAUGAAAAUAAGUGGCAAAGGACAACCAAAUAGAAGAGAAAGUGUUAGACAGAUUAAAAAACCAAAGCGAGACCUUCCCGAUGAGCAGGGAAAUGUAAGUGAUGCAAGUGCGCAGCAUAGUUCGAAAGGGAAAAAAGGCAAACUUACAGAACAGAUGCGCUACUGUAGUUCUAUAGUUAAAGAACUCAUGACUAAAAAACAUCAGACAUAUGCAUGGCCAUUUUUAAAACCAGUGGAUGCUGAGGGUCUAGGGCUGCAUGACUAUUAUGAUAUUAUAAAAAAGCCUAUGGAUCUUGGUACAGUUAAGAAAAAAAUGGAAGACAGAGAAUAUAGAAGUGCAAGUGAUUUUGCUGAAGACGUUAGACAAAUAUUUCAAAAUUGCUACAGGUACAAUCCACCAGACAGUGAUGUCGCGAAAAUGGGAAGAAAACUUCAAGAAGUUUUUGAACUUAAGUAUGCACGUAUGCCAGAAGAACCUGUACAGACUGAUCCAACACCUCCUUCAUCUGUAGCAUCAGGCUUGACCAGAGUAGGUGAAGGCAGCGGGCUGUCUUCUAGUGCAGAAAGUUCAGAUGAUGAUAGUGAGGAAGAGAGAGAGAGGAAAUUAAAAGAUUUACAGGAGCAGCUGCAGAAAGUUCAAGAGCAGUUGGCCUCUCUCACUAAAGAACAUGUACAAAGGUUAAAAGAAAAGAGUGAAAAUAAAACAAAAAAGAAAAAGAAAAAAGACAAAACAAAAGAUGAAGUAAAGAAAGAACUUAUUGAUACUGUUAAUCCACCUCCACAAAUACCAGUGGCCUCUUUGCCACCACCUGCUCUCAGUAAAGACACUCCUAAACCAAAGAAAAAAUCAAAACAAAAAUCUCCAGCUGCCAAAAAGCCCAGAAACAAUAGCAUUAAUCGUGCUGGCUCAAAUCGCAAGAAGUCAAAUGUUUUGCCGGCUGGUCCUCCAAAUGUACCACCAUUUGACAGUGAUGAUGAAGACAAUGCUAAGCCUAUGACUUACGAUGAAAAGCGACAACUUAGUCUUGAUAUUAACAAGCUGCCAGGUGAUAAGCUUGGUAGAGUAGUACACAUUAUUCAAUCUAGAGAGCCGUCCUUGAGAGAUUCAAAUCCAGAUGAGAUUGAAAUAGAUUUUGAAACCCUUAAGCCUUCAACGUUGAGGGAGCUUGAAGAAUACGUUAUGACCUGUUUAAAAAAGAAACCAAGGAAAACAUAUACUAAAAAGGCAUCUGGCAAAUCAAAGGAAGAAGUUCAAAGAGAGAAAAAACUUGAACUAGAAAAAAGAUUAGAAGGUGUUCAGCAACAAUUGGGUCAAACUAAAAAGUCAAAAAAAGAUGAUGGUGCACCUGGAAGUGAAAUGCCUGUGCAAAGUCGACUUAGUGCAAGUAGUAGUAGUACAUCUGGCAGUGAUUCGAGUAGUGACAGUAGUUCUUCCAGCUCUUCAGAAUCUUCUGAUUCUGAAUCAGAAUCACCUAAGAAGAAACAAAAAGUUACCUCCAAAAAAGUUCACCCAGCAAUGAAGUCUAGUCCACAAUCCAAGAUCUCUGUUGGAGCCACAAACAGCAGAGGUGUAUCUCCACCAAUAAAUGUCACUUCACCUGUGAUUCCUAAUGCAUUCCCUAAAGUUCAGCCUGUCCAAACAACUGCUUCUUCAGUCUCUGGUGUUCAUGUUGCAAAAAGUGAGACUCAUGCAUUAUUGAAUGCUUCAGUUGGUGUUACAGACAUUUUCAAUACCUCCAAUAUGAGCUUUUCCAGCAAUUCUAACACUUCACCCUUAAACUCUGGUGCUAACUCGUUAAGCAGAAGUAUAACACAUGCAAUGCCUGCUCAGCCUAUGAAACAGCCCAUUUCAGUAGCAACACCAAAGCCAAGACCCAGCAUUCCCAUGACUAGUACUCCAGUAUCUGGUGCAGUGGAUCGUCCAUUUGCUGCUAUGCCAGGACUAGAAAGCACGCCAGCUGCAAGUUUACCUGGAAGAAGACCAUCUAAGGAAGGUUUGACUCCAAGUCAGACUGAACAACAAUCUCAACAGCAACGACCUAGACUUGGAUCGGGAAUAAAAGGAACAUCUCUGCCAAGAAAAUUGGACAAUGAAAUGAGAUUUUCUUUAAGUGAUGAAGAUUCAAGCCCAUGUCCUAGUCCGCCCAAAGCUGCUCCACCAGCACCCCCUGGAGCAACAGUUUCAGCAAGUGGUGUGGGUGUAACUUAUGGUAUUGGCUCUAACCACCAGAACAAUUCUAUCAAGUCCAAUGAUGUUGAAAAUAAAACACCUGUUGUUCCAACUGUUCCUCAAGUAGCUAGCAGGGGAGAGAUGAACAAUGCCCAGUCUUGGAACACUUUAGCUGCGUCUUUUCAACAGUUUAAAAAAAUGAGUGAGAUUAAGACCCAAAAAGAAACUUACCUCAAGAAAUUUGAAGAGCAGAAACAAAAACAAGCUAAAGAGAAACAAAGAAUAGAGGAAGAGAAAAAAAGAGAGUUAGAAGAACAAGAAGGCAUUGAAGCUGCUCGCAAGCGUAAGCUUGAAGAAGAUAAAGCUGAAGAAGAGAGGAAAAAGAGAGAGCGAAUUGAUCAGAUGAGGAAAGCUGCUCAAAUGAGAAGAGAAGCUACUGCAAACAGAAUUGACAUGAAUGCACAGAAUGAUUUGAUGGCAUCAUUUGAAGCUUCUUAUCAAAACAGGGUGUGAUAGCAACCAACCCAAGGCAUUAAGUCUACAAUAAUUGAGCCAGAUUUGCAGCUGUUGUGUGAAUUUUAAGAAGCUAACCUUUAUAUCUUGGAUAUGCAUCUUUUCUAUAUGAAUGUCAAUGAACUUGUAGUAAAUGUAACAUAUCAAGAAAUCAUCUCAUAAGUCAUGGUACACAUUUCUAUUCUGAUGAUUGUGCAAUUUUUAUUACUUGGACUAUGGUGCCUCCUUUUGUGACAAUCUUAACAGUUAAAAACAUAAUUAUUUUAACCUACAUUGCUCUCAUUUCAAGGUGCAGCUGACUUAAAAAACUUGUUUCUGUUAUAAGGAUGACCUAAUUUUGCUAAUAUUAAUUAGUAAAUAGGUCUCUAUUCUAGUGAACUCCCCAUAUUUUUUUUAUGACCCUGAGCUUUUGAAGCAUUAAAAAAAAGAUAUACUUAAUUAUGCUGCUACUAAUUGUCUUUUGUACUUGAUCCACUCUUUUCAGAAGACCUUGUAUAAAAAGAGUUGCUCUUCCUUUAAGUGUGGUGGAAGAAGUGAUAUAUACUUGAAAAAUAGUAUUAAAACACUUAAAUAGGUUAUGAAAAUGUCCAGGAUAAAACUGAAAUUUGAAUUGGAAACAUAUUGUCAUCUCCCCUGGCACUAGUUUGGGGAGCCCCUUUAUUGAAAACAGCUGCUUAUUCUUUUAGGAACUAUUUUAAAAAGUGUAAGUCCCUCAUUGCAAAGUGGUGAUGUAACAAUUUAAAAGUUUUUUUUACUUGGAUACAUUUUCCAUCUAGGAUUAACAUGACUAAUAUAAAAAAAAAUCCUGUAUUUUAAAAACUACAGAUUACAUUAAUCUGUUAAAAUAUUAAAUAGCAUUUUCAGCAUAGACACAGACACCACAUUUAAGAUCCUAAAGGGACCAAAUAUACUGAUGAAAUAAUUUUCUGUUGCUGCUUUGUUGUGGUUGGUGGCUCUUUACUUUUUCUAGUGUAAGUCUUCAGCUAACCAUUCUUGUAUGUUUUGCUAUUAAUUUAAAACUUGUCUACCAUAGCAAAAUAAGGCAAUGGUAACAAUUACAUGUAAAUCUGUAUGGUUUUAUGGGGGAAAUAGGAUUUUGCACAUUUUCCCCAGUUGUGGUUUCUUGUGUUUACAAAGCUGUUGCCCCAUUGUAAAUAAUGAAUUUGUACAUGUGUUACAAGGAUCUUCCACUUGUCUAUCACAUUGCCUAAAGAGCUUGAGUGCUGGUUUCUCUUUGAUUGGAAUCUUAUGUUCAUCAUCUAUCAAGUAAUAUCUAGAUCAGACUUGCUUAUUGUAUUGAAUCAGAAAUAAAUGACAUUGGAAAAGUUGGAUGCAACUAGAGUGUAAAUAACUGUAUCAUAAUUCAAUAUAUAUAAUCUCAGCUUUAAAAGUUUUAUCCAGGUUUUUUAAAGCAUUAUAAAUUAUUAAAAUUUUACCUUGGAUAUGCAUUACCAGACUAAAUACUAAAUUUUCAAACACAUUAAUUGAAAAAUAUUUCAAGCCUAAUACAACUUAUGAUUUAACAAUUGUGUUCAUUUCAUAGUUAAUUUUCAGUAAAUACAAAACAGCCUUUGCUUCAAUGUGGUUCCUGUUAGUCCAACCUUUUAAAUUUACAAAUAUUUGUAUAUGGCAGUGUUAUUCUAUUUUCAUGAGAUGCUAGAUUAGUCCAAACAAAUACUUGUCAUGUUGUGCCAAUUCAAUUUAUUUUUUUGUACAUGUUAAUUUACAAAAUAAUUUAUAUUUAGUUUUCUGUAUGUUGUGUGUGUCAUCUUCAACAUGUAAAUUAUCUAAUUGUACAGAUCACACUUUGUGUAUAAUCACCAGUGAUUGCAAAAUGUGCUGCCCCAUAGUCAUGGUAUUCAGUAUAAAUGAUAUUUGUAUCAAGAACAAAAAUAUCCUCUAUUAAAUUUAUUAGAGGCUGGACAGUACAUCCUUAGUAUGAGGUGAGAGAUUUAGCAAAAAAGUGAUUGGAGCUACAUUCUACCUCAGCAUGACAUUGAAAUGAAAACAACAAAAUUUUUAGUCUAAUUUUUUGGCUGGGUUUUGUAUGCAUAAAGUGUUAACAAUCUCAGUUUUGUCUUGUAAACUACAUAAUCAUACCAUAGGUUUAAAAAAAACAAUUUUGUAACUGCAGUCAUGAGUUGACAAGUUGUUGAAUUAUAUUGUACAUUUGAUGAAUGUUAUCCAGUGAAACUGCUGUGCAGUGUGAGAGGUAAACGUGUAGUGUGGCUGUAUUCUAUAAGUGUACAUGUAGUGUAAUAGGAGUGAAAUACUUGCAUGCAUCAGAAUAUUGAUGGUAGUUUUAUUUUUGUUACUUUUCUGUGUACAGCUCAAUAAAUGUUGGAUUCAUCCAACUUCAGUGAUAA